CUUAAAUUAGGCUCCCUCUCUAGGGUUCGCAUAUGGCGAGUAACUUUUGCCGCCUUGGGGUUUGAAGUGCCGAUCGAAGUUUCGGCGGCAAAGGCAAAGCAACUAGCGAUCGUCUCCCCUAGGUUUAGGGGUUGUUUUUCUAUGCUUUCGUCUUUGACGAAGUGUGUCUUUCUUGUGCGGCUUUCCUCUGCCUUUCGUGAGGCUCUCUUCGUCGGCAGAUUGCAGCGCUUAUAUGGCGUUCAAAGGUUGUGUACCCCUAGCAGCAGGUGGAGAGUUUCAAGUAUGUUGUUCAUGGUUGGGAUCAAAAGGGCAUGGAUGAAGUGUAGGGCUAGGUGCUGGAACAGAUCUGUACUGGAGGCAAGGAGCGAAAGAAGUUAUAGUACUGUUGGACCGCCCCCCUCUUGAACCGCCCUCCGCCAUGGAGUGCCGGACAAGUUAGGGUUUGGAAGCUAUUUUUUUAUUUUAUUGUUUGCUUGCUUUUUAUUUUUCAUGAUCAGUCUGUUUAUUUUUUUGUUGGUUAUUUUUAUUGGUGUAAGACUCUUGCAUUAGGAUUUGGUGAUGUGAGAUCUGCUUUAACCGUCUUUGGCUCAUUUAUGCUCAUGAUAGGAUCAACGAGUUAUAUUGUUUUUUCGAAAGUGAUUCACUAUAAGUCUGGUUCGAGGGCUGGCGGUUGUCUCUGGUCCUUUUGUCAUUUUACC